GAAAAAAAUUUGUCUGACAGUGGAGUAAAGUGCUACGCCAUCUUUAUUUGCAUUAUUUGACGACGCUUUCAAAAUUUGCGUGUUUUAAGCGAAUAUAAAAUGUCGCAAAGAUUUGCUCCUGGUCAACCAGGACCUGCCCCAGUACCGGGUCAACCUCGAUACCAACCACCUCCUCCUCAAACAGCUGGGAUGCGUCCAUACGCCACCGGUGGUGCUUUUCCGCAACGUGGAUUUCCAUUGCAUCAAAAUACAUCGCAACCUGGACAAAGUAAUACAAAUUCUCCAGGUGGGCCACCAUUGCAUCAACGGGCUUCACAACCUGGUUUUCAAAGUGGUCUUAGGGGUAGCGGCUCUGGGGGUGGAAACAAGAGGUCAGCUGAAGCACGUAAUAUUAACAGCAGUCAAAAUAAAGGAGAUUUUGUAGCGGCAAAGAAAAAGAAAAAGCUUGCAGAUAAAAUUUUGCCACAGAAAGUACGCGAUCUGGUACCAGAAUCGCAAGCGUACAUGGAUCUACUCACAUUUGAGAGAAAACUAGAUGCCACUAUCAUGCGGAAACGGCUUGAUAUCCAAGAAGCGUUGAAAAGGCCAAUGAAACAGAAACGAAAACUACGUAUCUUUAUCUCUAAUACAUUUUAUCCCAGUAAAGAGCCAAGCAAUGAAGGAGAUGAAGGCUCCGUGGCCUCUUGGGAACUCCGUGUUGAAGGUCGUUUGUUAGAGGAUGGAAAGGGAGAUCCUACCACAAAAAUAAAAAGAAAAUUCUCUUCCUUUUUUAAGUCCUUGGUAAUUGAACUGGAUAAGGAGUUGUAUGGUCCGGAUAACCACUUGGUUGAGUGGCAUCGCACCCACACUACCCAAGAAACUGAUGGCUUCCAAGUGAAACGUCCAGGUGACAGAAACGUACGGUGUACAAUUUUGCUUUUGUUGGAUUACCAACCAUUACAAUUCAAAUUGGAUCCCAGACUAGCACGUCUCCUUGGCGUUCAUACUCAGACACGUCCAGUAAUAAUUUCUGCACUCUGGCAAUAUAUAAAAACUCAUAAAUUGCAAGAUGCUCAUGAGCGGGAGUAUAUAAAUUGUGACAAGUAUUUAGAGCAGAUAUUUGGGUGUCAGCGAAUGAAAUUCGCCGAGAUACCACAACGCCUCAACCCGCUUCUUCAUCCACCAGAUCCAAUUGUGAUCAACCAUUUUAUUGAAAGUGGUGCAGAGAACAAGCAAACUGCAUGUUAUGAUAUCGACGUUGAAGUUGAUGACACACUUAAAAAUCAGAUGAAUAAUUUUUUAAUGAGUACAGCCAGUCAGCAGGAAAUUCAAGGUUUGGAUACAAAGAUUCAUGAAACAGUCGAUACCAUUAAUCAGAUGAAAACUAAUCGCGAGUUCUUUUUGAGUUUUGCGAAAGAUCCACAGAAAUUUAUCCAUCGUUGGAUAGUAAGCCAAACCCGAGAUUUGAAGGCAAUGACGGAUGUUGUUGGUAACCCUGAGGAAGAACGUCGAGCAGAAUUCUACUAUCAACCAUGGACUCAUGAAGCUGUCUCACGUUAUUUCUUUACAAAAGUAAAUCAGAAGCGCGCCGAAUUGGAACAAGCCUUGGGUAUACGUAAUGUUUAACUCAUCUCAAUAUGCUCAUUUAUAUUAGUAUAUAGUUCGCUUUUUAACUUGGGUUCAAUAAAUAUUUAUAUGAAAGUAAUGAUUAACUUAAAAUAAUCACAA